AUGACUUGCCAAGCAUUUUCUUCAUCUGACACCUUUGUGCCCUUGAAUUCUGACUCUUCUCCCUCUCUGCCUCUGAUAAUGCAUCACAGCGCCGCAGAGUGCCUGCCGGUUUCUAACCAUGCCACCAAUGUUGUGUCUACAGUCCCGUCUGUUUUGUCUUUGAUCCAAACUCCUAUAUGCUUCCAUAUCCGCUUUGCCAUGACAACUUUGGGAAAUACUUCGGCAGGCCUUCAUUACUCUGUGCCUUCCUGUCAUUAUGGAAAUCAACCAUCUACCUAUGGGGUGAUGGCAGGCAUCAAGCCUGCAACUCCAGAGAUGCUAUCAGCAAGUCUCUCCCAGAGUCGCAUCUUACAGACAUGCAGCAUGCCACAUCCCAAUGUGGUAAACGGUGUCAGCACCUUGCAAAGCAACCUGACCCCUUGCCUUUACAAAUUCCCGGAGCAUGCCCUGAGCGCCAGCUCCUGUGCCCUUGGCCACAGCUUCACGCCCAUGCACCAGUCCCUCCUCACGGACGAUCCCACUGCCGCAGACUUCAAGCAGGAGUUCCGCAGAAAAAGCAAGUCUGUCGAAGAGCCCGUUGACAUGGACUCCCCUGAAAUCAGGGAACUGGAGAAAUUUGCUAACGAAUUUAAGCUGCGGAGAAUUAAGCUGGGUUAUACACAAACCAACGUUGGAGAAGCACUGGCUGCUGUGCAUGGCUCGGAAUUCAGCCAAACUACUAUUUGCCGGUUUGAAAACUUGCAGCUGAGUUUCAAGAACGCAUGCAAACUGAAAUCGAUACUGUCCAAGUGGCUGGAGGAAGCAGAACAAGUAGGAGCUUUAUAUAAUGAAAAAGUUGGAGUGAAUGAGCGGAAGAGAAAGCGCAGAACCACCAUAAGUAUUGCUGCCAAAGAAGCCCUAGAAAGACACUUUGGAGAACAAAAUAAGCCUUCUUCUCAGGAAAUUAUGAGGAUGGCUGAGGGGCUCAAUCUUGAGAAAGAAGUUGUGAGAGUUUGGUUUUGCAACAGAAGACAAAGGGAAAAAAGAGUGAAGACAAGUUUACAUCAGAACACCUUUAGUUCUAUUAUCAAGGAGCAUCACGAAUGCCGGUAAAACUUUCCAUGUAUAGAUGUGGAUUUCUGUUUUGCUUUUUGAAAGUAUUUUAAAUACUAUGUUGUUUAAAAAAAAAAACAAAAGAAAAGAAAAAUCAGUAAACCACUUGUUUCUCUUACAAGCUAGUGAGCUUCAGAUAAGG